AUGAAAAGGAAUUUAGCUGACACCUCGGUUCGCAGCACAGCAGGUUGUCUGCCUGUACCCCUGUUCAAUCAGAAGAAAAGAACUAGACAGCCCCUCACUUCAAAUCCAAUUAAAAGUGAACCAGGUACUGGUUCUGGAACUCGUAGUUAUGACUUCUCUCCCUCAUCAUUCGGCUGGGGAACUGCAAGCUCAGAAGUGGAUGAACUGCAGAAAGCAGAGAACAGUGGCCAAGCUGAACAUCCGAUGGCUCCUUCCCUUAUGAAACCACCAAAUGCAUCAAAGUUUAAUUUAGCAAACGCUGGAAAAAACUUGUCUGCCUGCAGGAACAGAAAUGAAUACACUCCUUUAGGUAGCACAGCAAAUUCAAGAUCUGUUCAUGGAACUUCUCGAAAGUUUGAGAACUUUUCAAGCAGUUUGAAAACUGCCCAGCAGCAAAAACAGCCUGACAGUCGUAACCCACCCCAGCUCAUCAAAACUGACACAUCCAAAGGACAGUGGCCACUGAAAGCCAACACUGUGGCAAGAAGUCUGCAGGAUCAUAGCCCAGCAUAUAAAUUUAACUACAAUACUCAGCAAAAUAUAAUGAAUGAGAACCAAUCUGGUUGUGUCCCAGGAGAUAAAAGUCAGGAAAUUUCAUCAUCUCAAGCAAAAACUAAAGUAAAAAAGAAUUCUUUGCGAAUCCUGUCUGCAGUCAUUCAAAGUGUGAGGCACUGGAGCCAGUAUGCCUAUAAAACUCCACUGUUAUUUGAAGUUUUAGGCACACUGGAUUCUGCAGUCACACCUGGAGCAUAUGGGGCAAAGAACUUCCUUCUGAGAGAUGGAAAGGAGACCCUGCCGUGCGUGUUCUAUGAAAUUGACCGUGAGCUUCCACGACUCAUUAGAGGUCGAGUGCACAGGUGCAUGGGGACCUACGAUGCAAAAAGGAACAUUUUCAAGUGCGUCUCUGUAAGACCAGCAACUGCUCAGGAACAGAACACUUUCCAAGACUUUGUUAAAAUUGCAGAUGUUGAGAUGACAGCAUUUGUAAAAACUAUGAAUGAAAUGUAA